AUGAACUCACCUUCCAAUCCCUCUCUCUCUCACCAUUUGAAAAGCCUCACCACCACCACGAACACACAGUCGAGUCAUCCUAAAGGAGGAGGAGGUCAUCAGCACGGAGCUGUUAGAACUCCGAGUUUGGCAGGAAUGGAUCGAGAGGAUGCUACGGAACGGGAUGCCAUGAGCGAGGAAUUUAGUGAGGUCUUUCCGACACAACAGUCGGCAAUUGUUUUUGGAGAAUAUGGAGCCAAUGAUGGACAGAUGGAUUUAGAGAUGAAUCAUGUGCGGAGAGGAAGUUCAGCUUUUCAGGACGAACAUCACUUGGAUCAUAUUCGAUAUCAUCACGAUAAAGGAUCUCAUGAUGUCAGUACUUUGAAUGGAUGGAAGAAAAUAAUAUUAGAUCGAAGAGUGAGCAUUGGAGUUGUAUCAUUCCUUCUAAUUGCCGUGACAAUUUUAUUCGGCAUUAUUUUGAUUUUACUUUUAACACUUUACAAUGUUGAUAAAGCAUCUGUCAAGAAUGACCCUGUGUGGACGCCACCUGUCACAGAAUCAGGAGAAGUUCAAUUAAUUAAGGCAACGCAAGGAGCUGCAGCUGCAGACAAUGAAGUGUGUUCCGACAUAGGUGUAAAAAUUUUACGAGAUUUUAAUGGGAACGCUGUGGAUGCUGCUGUUGCUACAACAUUUUGCAUUGGAAUAAUGAAUCCAUUUAGCGCAGGCAUUGGUGGAGGAGGUAUUAUGGGAAUUUCUAUUCCUUCUAAUUCAGCAAAUGCUAAAGACACAAUUGAAUACAUUGAUUUUAGAGAAAAGGCUCCACUCUCUGCUUCGUGGGACAUGUACUCAUCAUUAAGCAAUUCUCCUGCUCCACCUUCACAACGAGGAGGAAAGAGUAUUGCUGUAUUGGGUGAAAUUAAGGGUCUCUAUACUGCAUGGAAACGAUAUGGCUCACUGCCUUGGAAUGUGUUAAUUCAGCCCUCUAUAGACCUUGCAAGGAAAGGUGUGAAAGCAAAUAGUGUGAUUGCCUCUCAUUUAAACAAGUAUAAAAAUUGGAUACUUGAGGAAACUUUUGGAAGUGGAAUGAAACAACUGUAUGCAGUGAAUGGAGACGUGAAAAAAGAAGGAGAUUUAUUGCAAUAUCUAAAACUUGCUGAUAGUUUGGAAAUUGUAGCAAAAGAAGGAGCAGACGCUAUUUAUAGCAUGAAUGGUUCAUUAAUUCGAGAUGUUGUGAAUGAUAUCAGAAACGCUGGUGGAAUUAUUACAGAGCAAGAUUUGAUUAAUUAUGAUGUGAAAAUUUAUUCAACCAGAAAUCAAUCUAACGUUGAUCAAAAUACUCCACUUUCUACCUAUUUUAUGGGAUAUCAAGUAUUUGGGCCACGGCCAGAAAUAUCAGGAGGUUCAUGUAUUAUUUUUUUGCUUAACAUGCUUGAAAAUUAUGUCAGAGAUUUAAUGUCACCUUUCAUCAACCAUGAAGGUCAGCUCUACCAAGCAAAUCAACAAUUCCACAUGUCUGCACAAAAGUACGCCUUAUUUAUUGAAGCUUUGAAAUUUACUUUUGCUCAUCGUGCAGAUUUAGCAGAUCCUGAUUUUGUAGCAACAACGAAGCAAGUCAUGGAUGAUAUGAUUAGCAAAGAUUAUAGUGCAUUGAUACGAAAUGAAAUUGAUUGUGCCUUAGCUAAAAAUAAGACCUUUUCAGAUCCUCUGCACUACAAGCACGAUAAAGUGAAUUUGCAAUAUGUGAGAGAUGAUCAUGGAACAUCGCAUUUAAGCAUAUUAGAUAAGAAUGGAAUGGCUGUGAGCUUAACAACAACUGUGAAUUUAAUUUUUGGAAGUUUUGUGGUGGGUGACAAGACUGGUAUUAUUUUUAAUGAUCAAAUGGAUGAUUUUUCGCUGCCGAAUACCACCAACUAUUUUGGAUUGGCUCCAUCACCAAGUAACUAUAUUGCACCAGGAAAAAGACCCCUUUCAUCGAUGUCACCAAUGAUUAUUCACAAAAAUAACAAAUUUUACAUGGCUGUAGGAGCAAGUGGAGGUUCCAGAAUAAUUAGCUCAGUUUUCCAAACCAUUUGGAAUCAUCUUGUGGGUGGAUUGAAUAUUGCACAAUCCAUUCAAUUUCCACGAAUUCAUCAUCAGUGGAGUCCAACAACUCUCGCUGUCGAGCAAGGAAUACCCGAAUAUUUAAUUAACUUUUUUAAGAGCUUUUUGGGUUACACUGGUAAUGAAGAUGAAUCAAAAUUCAUUAAUCGUGUGAAGGGAAAUGCAGAGUUUAGUGUUGGUAUUGUGCAAGGCAUUGUGAAGAAGGGAGAUAACAACAUUGAGGCUGCCUCCGACAUUCGAAAAAAGAGCAAAGCAGCUGGAUAUUAA